AUGAUGGCCACCAUGGGUUACAUCACACCUGAGAUCACUGGCAAGCUGCCUGGAUUUUUGUCCCCAUCCGCCGGCUUGAAGUUCGCAGACAUCCCGAACGGCCUUGCCGCUGUCUCAAAGGUGCCCGUAGCAGGCUGGGCACAGAUCGCCGCAUACUUCGGUUUCGUGGAAUUCAGCGGCGGCUUUGAUGACUACAAGAGCGGAACUCCCGGUGACUACGGCUUCAAGGUGUUGACGUCCAGCGACCCUGCUGAGAAGACCAAAAAGUUGUCGGCCGAGCUGGCAAACGGACGCCUCGCGAUGAUGGCUAUCAUUGGCAUGUUCUUCCAGGACGGGCUCACUGGCAGCGCGUGGGGAGACUGGGCCAACUACACUGCCUCGCCUCUGCGUGCAUUCGAGAACGAACUUGGUGUCCAGGCACCAGUGGGUUUCUGGGAUCCAGCAGGCCUGUCAGCGGAUGGCAGCGUCGAGAACUUCAAGCGCCGCCGUGCCACCGAGAUUAAGCACGGAAGAAUUGCCAUGCUUGCGACCAUGGGUUACAUCACGCCCGAGAUCACCGGAAAAUUCCCAGGAUACUUGAGCCCAAGCGCAGGCCUCAAAUUCGCAGACAUCCCGAAUGGCCUGGCUGCAAUCUCCAAGGUGCCUCAGGCAGGUUGGGGUCAGAUCCUCUUGUACAUGGCCUACUGCGAGGUGUCGCAGACGCAGGAGCCGGGCACCGCAGCCUAUGCAGGUGACUUCGGGUUCAAGGUGCUGACCUCCUCCGACCCUGCUGAGAAGACGAAAAAGCUCAAUGCCGAAAUCGCCAAUGGCCGCCUUGCGAUGAUGGCUAUCAUUGGCAUGUUCUUCCAGGAC